AUGGCACAAACGUUGACAAUCAAGUCAGUGUUGAUCGUGGAUGGUGUUGGUCCGAGCUGUGCUAAAAUAUUGGAAAGUCAUGGCUUGAGUGUUACCUCUAUACCCAAAAUAAGUAAGGAACAACUGCUUAAGGAAAUUCCCAACUACAAUGCCCUUGUCGUACGGUCAGCAACGACAGUCACUCCAGACGUUAUCGAAGCGGGAAAGAACCUCACCGUGAUCGCUCGCGCUGGCGCCGGUGUAGACAACAUUGAUGUCGCAGCUGCUACAAAAAAAAAUAUUAUGGUUAUCAAUGCGCCAGGAGCCAACGCUAUGAGCGCUUGCGAACUCACCUGUGGACUUAUGUUCGCCUUGGCAAGGAACGUUGUUCCUGCUGCAACUUCACUAAGAGCCGGCAGAUGGGACCGCGCCCUUUACACAGGAACGGAGAUAUGUGGCAAAACUCUUGCUAUACUUGGUCUGGGAAGAGUCGGAACAGCUGUUGCUUCACGCAUGAUCGCAUGCGGCAUGAAGGUUCUCGUUUACGACCCCUUCGUAUCUGCACAGCAGUGUGAGGCUUUGAACACUAAAAAAGUGGAGUUGGACGAGGUGUGGCCCGAAGCUGAUUACAUUACCCUUCACACGCCACUCAUUGAGUCAACAAGAAACUUCAUCAACAAGAACACACUAAGCUUAUGUAAAAAAGGAGUGAAGUUCAUAAAUGUUGGACGCGGUGGUCUUAUAAAGGAGGAAGACUUCCUAGAUGCAUUAAAUGAUGGAACGGUAGGAGGAGCUGCCCUCGAUGUGUUUGAGGAGGAACCCCCGAAGAACCCACUCACUCUUCAGAUCAUUCAACAUCCAGCUGUCAUUGCUACACCGCAUCUAGGUGCGUCAACGAAAGAAGCACAAGUGCGAGUUGGCCAGGAAAUAGCAGAACAACUAGUGAAUCUGAUCAAACCCAAGACAUACAACACGCCACUAGCAAAAGUUCAAUAA